AUGUGCAUUGUUUCGGAUAGAAAUGAAAGCAUCAUUAAAUCUGCAUCGAGAGUGUAUCCGGAUGUACCGCAUUGUGCUUGCAUAUGGCAUCUAUGGAAUAACGUAUACAAGAAAUUCAAAAAGAGCCAUGCCAAGUUGAGUGAGAUAUACUUCUCGAUGGCAAAAGCAUACACACAAACUGAAUUUGAUAGUCUGAUGGAGAAGGUUGAGAAGGUAGAUAUUAGGGUGAAAGAAUACUUAGAGUUAGCUGGUUACGAAAAGUGGGCUAGGUUGUAUGCACUUGUUAACAGGGGAUGGACAAUGACGUCAAAUAUCGCUGGGUCAAUCAAUGCAGCACUAGUUUCAGCAAGGGAAUUGCCAAUAUAUGACUUCCUCGAAGAAGUUAGGAAGAUGUUUGGUCGUUGGAAUUGUAGUAACCAUAAAGAAGCUACUCAGACAUACAAGACGCUUGGAAAAAAAUACCAGGAAAUGCUGGAGUUGAAUGAGACCAUGUGUACCCAACUACCCGUUAAUUUUUAUGAAUAUUUGCUUGAACUAGUAAAUAAUAUAGAUGAAUACAGUUUCUCAAAAAAGGUUGAAUACAAAUGCAUACAAAUACAGACUGUAGAUCAUUACACAGUAGUACCCUCAACUGAAUACUUACAUAUUGUUAACGAUGGUGGGAGGAAUUACACAGUCUGCCUGCUCGAGAGAAAAUGUGUUUGUGGGAGCUAUUACAAGCCAAGUACAAUUGUAAUGACAUACGAUGUGCCAGUGUACCCGCUACCGGACAAAAAUGACUGGAAUAUACCAGAGCAUGUUGCAGAGGAGGUUGUACUACCACCCAAAUGGAAAAGACCUCCUGGAAGGCCAAAGAAGAAGCGCGACAAAAAUUUAAGUGAAUUGUUGUUGCCGAAAAAUCAACAUUCAUGUAGCAUAUGUGGGCAGGGAGGACAUAACAAGCGAACUUGUAGGAAUGCUCCACGUAAUAAAUAG